AUGCGUUCAGUUAAACCUGCUCCCCUUCGUCCACAGUCCACUGAUGUAUUCGUUCAUCCGUGUUUAAAAACUUCUGCACAUGUAAUUGUUCGUCGCGACUCUGUGCGCAGACCUCUAGAACCUCCAUACGACGGACCUUAUAAAUUCGUGAGGCUUCAAUGGGAUAUGAAUAUCUACUUGCGGAUUAAACGUUCCAAUUCUGAUUUCCCGAGUAGUAUUUGUGAAACAGAAAAUCUUAUUAAACGCCCAAAAAACGAUGUACAGUCGGUCAAGUUCCGUUAUAUUGGUAGUCAAAAAACAUCAAAAUGUCCACAUACGGAUAAAAUUGAUGAAGUGUGUGAGUCUUCGGAUAAAUUAUGCAAGAUUGUUUGUAACAAAUCGGAUGCUACCGUUGUCGAUGAGGAGCGCUCAGUAAAGUGUCAGGUCAAAGUGAACAGUUUAAAACGUCCAGCUUCUAAUAAUAUUUUUGAUCAAUUCAAUAAUCUCAAUGUUGAUUCAUCUGACAAAUCCACUGGUCCUCGUCCUCCGAAAAUACUCAAAAUAAUUGAAUUAAUUCCAGAAUCUACUCUGUCGACUUCAUUAAAAUGUAACAAUAAAACUGAUGGUGAUGAGAAUGACGGCAAUACUAACGAAAAUGAUAAAAAGUCUAGUGAAUCGAACUUUGUAUAUGAUAUUUACAAAAUGAUGCCAGAUUCAAAUUAUUCAGCUGAAUCAAUAAUAUGGUGUCCAGAUGAUGACAUAUCAUCAAAUGAUAAUCCUUUGAUUAAAAAUAUGCAUAAUUAUAUCUGUGAUGAUGAUGACCAAGCUUAUGAUGAUGGUGAUGUGCGUAACCAUGAUGAUGAGGAUGAUUCGAAUAGUGAAUCCAAUUGGCGAAAUGAUUAUCCUGAUGAAAUGAGUUCAUCUAGUGACUCUGACAGAUCAAAAAGCAACACAGAAUCAGAUUGUGAUUAUUACUAUUAA